AUGUGCGUUGAGUCCGCCACCGCCAUCGCACGACUUCUUCACCUCUAUGAAAAACAUUACACCUUCCGUCGCAUGAACAACCAGGUUGUGGCCAUGAUAUUCAGUGCAGCUCUGAUGCUUCUUUACGUGACUAUUUCCAAUUCGUCCCCGUCAAGCAGAAACAGUGGCGACAGUAGCAGCAGCAACGCGGGAAUGGUCGCAUAUCUCAACCUUUGCUUCCGGGCCCUAGACGAACUGGGCCAGUCUUUCGAAAACGCCAAACGCACGCGCGACUUCCUUGUCAGUCUUCAGAGAAGAUGGCAAGCGCACAUGCGUCGUUCCGGUGCCAAGCGACAAGUCAGCCGGCAACCAUCUUCGCAGCAGCUGGCAGGCAGCAGCUCAGAAGCGAAUACUUCCCGAAAAAAGACCCGAAUCGCCGCGCCAAGAGAGCAUGUCUCAUAUCCAUUCCCGAUGCCGGUGAACUCGUUACAAGCCCCUGGUCCGUUACUACCGAACCAAACCGAUCCUCUUCGCGCCGCAGCACCGCUAGAUCCCAGCCGGCAGCCGGGUGCUUGCCAACCGGGCGAAUUCGACUGGAUCCGGAAUUCUGAUCUGCAGCUGCUCUCGGGUGCUUUGGACAAUCCCGGACUCGGUCAGUUGGGAGGUGCCAAUGCGUUUGGCGACGACCCUACAAUGCCCAGUUUAUCGGAUAUCGAGCCUUGGUGGGAUUCUCCACCUGGGAACGGGCUUGGAAAUGGCUCUUUAUAA